AACAUGCCUUGCCAGUGCCUGAUGAAGAGGCGUAUAUAGCCGCCCGCUCUACGCCGCCCUGUCUGGUCAUCGGACGAAAGCUCCAUUGGAUCUUCUUGGUGUAUCUUCCAGAUCCGCUUUUUGGUUUCGCUCCUUGCUCAAGUUUGUUGGAACGAUCAGUUAGUUGUUCUAGCCUUGUAUUCUCAGGAUGUGUCCAAGGUUACGAACUGAUUACGGACGCAAAGCACAUGCCAGAAGAGUGCCAGUACCUACGGGUGAGGCUCAAGACCGAGCAAUGUAGGCUUUUGGACUGGGCCGACACUGUUCGACUGGACGAAACAGACGAUAAUCUCCUUAUCAGCAACUCCAGCAAGGGCUUGCUUUUGGAUGUACUUGAUCAACAGCAGCGGCUGAUUAUCCAGUUUGGUCGAUUAGACGACAAGUAUCACAAACUGUCACGACCUUUGCUUGUCGAUUAUGAAGAUACGGACCCACCGGCGUACGAGGCGACCGAUAAAGGGAACCCGCCGAUCCAGCGAACAGAAUCCAACUUCCGAAGCCGCUUCCCGCGGAAUGAUGUUUUGUUGAAGAAGAGUCUACAAUGGGCCAAGCAGACGACAACAUAUCCUAAGAAACUGAAGUGGGCAGUCUUCGACAAAGGCAAGAUGGAGAGUCUUGCAAUCAAACUGGCUGCUUUCAACGACUUCAUGCAGAACAUGCUCAACACCCAGCAACUGGAGAAUCUGGCAAUUAAGCAACAGCGAACAGAGUUUCAGAUCAUUCAGCUCAAUUCCACCAUCAGCCACCUCGUGCAAAUCUUCGACUCAGCGGCUCAAGUGCAGAUGAACAAAGGAGCAGGCACAUCCAGGCGAAGAAGCAAACAACUAACAGACCCCAUCCAAGCGUACCUGUCAGCUCGUGGACUGAGCGACAUGGACAGUGACGAAGACGACGGCGCGGAUACUCUCAAUGUCGCAUAUCCAAAUUCCUUCCAUGCCAACAGAUCUGGAGGCCUCCAGAAUCUCGCAGCACUUGCGCAAUUUAAAGCCCUCAACUCAGCCAUCCAAGACCCAUCCAUCUUCACCGAUGAAUUCACCUCGUCCAUAGGCGUGCGCAGCGCUUCCGAGACCCUCAACGUAGAACUCUCACGCAGCGACAUCCACCUCCUCGAAGACGAAAACAGCGAAAGCCAACGCGUAGAAGCAUACUAUCAGCGCCCACGCUCGCGCAAGCUAUCCGUCUGGAUCGAAUGGAAAACCUACGAGCCCCCACCUUUCCCAUCGCACUUCCAUCAACGCAACAGCAGCAGCGCCGAAUCCAGAGGCGGCCCAGACCCCAAAAUCCUCGAACGGGUCAAAGCCCUCGCCGCUCUCCUCAAGGAAAACUCCUCCACUACCACCUCUUCAACAACUACGAAUAAGAACCAAUUCCGUGCCCCAAACUGCCUGGGCUACUUCCACGACACCAACCCGCAAACAGGAGACACGCACCCACGGUUUGGCCUCGUGUUCCUCAAACCCUCCAAAGUCCACUCCACAACCCUCCCCCUCUCCCUCCACGCGCUCCUCACUUCCCCGCCCAACGAUCUCCUCUCCACAAUCCCAAGCCUGACCUCACGAAUCGCGCUGAUGCUGCGUCUCGCCGAGACCCUCGAACGCCUGCACGCGGUGAACUGGCUACACAAAGGACUGCGAUCAUCCAACAUCCUCUUCUUCGACGACUGCGGCGCAUCCCACGGCCUCAUCGACUUCUCGGACCCGCUGAUCUCGGGCUUCGACUACAGCCGUCCAGCCAUGAACGACGACAUGACCGAGAAGCCGCCCGAGAACGCGGCCGAGGAUAUCUACCGGCAUCCCAAUGUUCAGGGAGCUGGGGGUCGCGAUCCCCUUGGGUCCUCGAGCUCUUCGGGAGGGCUGGGAGGGUUCAAGAAAUCCUAUGAUAUUUAUGCGUUGGGGGUGAUUCUGCUCGAGAUUGCGUAUUGGAAACCGAUUGAGAGGAUUGUAGGGAUCAAGGAUCUGGAGAGGGCGAAGCCUAGGGAGACGUUUCGGGUUAGGGAGAGUUUGUUGAGUGGUGGUGAGGGGAGUGGCAAGGGGGAAAAGGGAGUGAAUGUUGGAAAUGAUGUAUUGGGUUAUGUAAGGAGUCAUCUAGGAGAUACGAUAGAAAGAGUUAUAAGGGCUUGUCUUGAAGGCCCUGUUGCAUUUGGGGUCGUGGAGGGCGAGGAUGAGCGGAGGGAGGAAGUUGGGGCGACGCUACAAAGGGGUUUCUAUGAGCGUGUUGUUGCCGAGCUGGGGAAGGUCAGGAUUUGA